AUAAAGCAGGUGUGUGCGCGGCGGUGCGGACACUGACUCCUCCGCGGUGUGCGUGUUAGAGUGAGUGCUUUCUCUGGAUCAUGAGUCUGAACGAACUUUAUUUCUUCUCUUCUGGAUUCUGAAGACUUUCAACAAACUUAAUCAGAACCUUGUGAGAAGAUGGAGAACAAGGAGGAAUCAAAGAGUAGUUCAGUCAGUGUUCUGUCCUGGGAGCAGGUGAGCCGGCUCAAUGACGUGCUUACAGCGGUCGUGCCUGUUCACGGACGAGGGAACUUCCCCACCUUAGAGGUGCGCCUCAAAGACAUUGUGGCCUGGGUGCGUACCCGCCUGGAGCUGAGGGGCAUCAGAGUGAAGGACAUUCGUCUCAACGGCUCCACGGCCAGCCACGUGCUGGUGCAGGACAUCGGCUGGAGCUACAAAGAUCUGGACAUCAUCUUCAGGGUGGACCUGCCGCACGAGACAGAAUACCGCGUCAUUAAGGACGUGGUGCUGGGUACCCUGCUGGACUUUCUGCCUGAGGGAGUGAACAAAGAGAAAAUUACUCCCAUGACUCUGAAAGAGGCUUACGUCCAGAAGCUGGUGAAGGUCAACACAGAGCAGGACCGCUGGAGCCUCAUCUCCCUCUCCAACAACAAUGGCCGCAACGUGGAGAUGAAGUUUGUGGACUCAAUACGCCGGCAGUUUGAGUUCAGUGUGGACUCCUUUCAGAUUGUGCUGGACUCCAUGCUCGUCUACUACGAGCUGGCACAGACUCCAAUGACGCAGGCCUUCCACCCGACGGUGAGCGGGGAGAGCGUGUACGGGGACUUCAGCAUGGCGCUGAGCCACCUGCGCAACAAGCUCAUCGCCACCAAGCGGCCCGAGGAGAUCCGGGGCGGCGGCCUUCUGAAAUACUGCAAUCUGCUAGUGAGGGACUUCCGGCCGGCCAGCGAGGAGGAGUUCAAAGGCCUGGAGCGGUACAUGUGCUCACGCUUCUUCAUUGACUUCCCUGACCUCGGUGAGCAGCAGCGCAAGGUGGAGGCCUACCUUCAGAGCCACUUCAUAGGCGAGGAGAAGAGCAAGUACGACUACCUCAUGAUCCUGCGGCGUGUGGUCAACGAGAGCACGGUGUGCCUCAUGGGUCACGAGCGGCGGCAGACCCUCCACCUCAUUUCGCUGAUGGCCUUCCGGGUGCUGGCGGAGCAAAACGCCAUCCCCGACGCGUCCUGUGUCACCUGCUACUAUCAGCCAGCGCCCUACGUCCGAGACCACAACUUCAGCAACUACUACGUGGCCAACCAGAACAUUCCAACAUGGCUGCCAUGUAACUGAGUCAACAACCACGUGAAAGGAUGUAGAAGAGGGCACGGCCACUGCUGCGUUUGAAAAUAGAGGAAUAGCAGAGAAAAAACAAAAAAAAUUAUAUAGAGGCAAUUAAUGUAAAGUUCCUCUCAAGGCACAAUUAUAUUUAAGUGGACAAGUGUUUUGCUUUGUUUUUGCAAUCCUUUCUCAUUCCUUAUCUACAGAGGCGUCUAGGUCAUUGAAUAGAAAGUGAUAUUUUUAAGUGUUAUUUAGAUUUCUCUCUCAUAAUGUUUGGUUGUUUCCCUGUUUAUCAACUUUAUUCUUAAUGGAGUUCUGUUUUGUGCCUUAACCUCCAGCUUUAUCUCCCAAUUAUUUAAGUAUAUGGGCUGUUUUUUUGUAGACAGGGAAUAAGAAAACGUUAUAGCCUGAAUUUGGUGUCCCAAAAAAAAAUUUGAAAAAACUGAAAUAAUGAGAAAAUGCUGUUAUUGGGGAAGAGAUGAUAUAAAAUGUUUCAGCCCAAUUAGGAACAAAAAAAACAGCACUGGUGUUAAAACACUUGGGAAUAAUGUAAGGUGAUACAUGACAAAUCAGAAAUGAAGGGGAAGCGAGACUUACAGAUUUGUUUUAAUUGAUUUUGUAAAUAUCUCUCACAGACACACUCUAAUAUGCCGGCAGUGCCUGUGACUUGUGAUAAAGCAAACAAAAUGUAUAUUUUUUAUUUUCCACUGUGAAUUUCAGUACAGGACGAGCUCCCCUCCUCCCCCUUUCUCCUGCUUACUCAGUCCUGUACUUUGAGUUGAAAACUGCAGGAUGACCGUUUAGGCCUCAGACCGAGGAGUGAGGAGCUUAGUUUUAUAAGUCAUUGCCAAAGCCUCACCAGUGACCUCCACAUGUCAAAACCCUGGCUUUUGCAGGGUGGGUGUGACUGACGCAGUGAACACUGUGGGGCUGCCCUUGUUGCCUGGAGCCAGAACCGACUGGGAGUCCUGCAGUGACUGUCCCUUCCCUUAAAAGGAGCAGCACAUGGUGGGCCCCGCAGGGUCGUCCCUCACAGCCAUUGCAGGCUCGACAGCAGCCCUGAAAUGGGAUCCUCCUCUGACGCAACUGGCUCUCAAACUAAAGGCCGGCUAUAAUUAUCCUUUUUUCUGUUUUUUCCUGGGGGAGGUGGGAAAGGGAGCCAGGGAUUGGUGUGCCAGCAGAAGCAGCAGUACUGCCACCUUCAGUGCGGGGGGGGGGCACAAUCACUUCCUGUCCACUUACUCCUUCCCGGUCCCUGCUGGGACCACCAGUGUUUGAACCCCUUUUGUGGUCAUGGACACCAGGAGAGAGUUUGGUAUGUUUAGAGAAACGCCAACGUGCCUGCUGGAGGGACACCACCCCCCCUAGUGGAUUUUGAUUUAUCCUGGAAGCUACAACUGAUUUGAGCCACGAGGCCGAACCCCCUUAUUCUGAAUUUCUAUUUCUGGCCAAACGUAUUAUUAGCUGUGAAUUUUGAACAUUUGCAGUGUGGUGUUACGAGCAGAUGGGCUGAGCUCUGACCCAAACCUGUCAUCUCUGCUCUUUGCUUUCCUGACGUCGCAGCAUCCAUGUCGGAGUUCUCAAACUUCUUGCAUAAGUGGCAGCUGCUGUGUCGUAACCCCCCCCCCAUUUCUUUGAAGCCGUAGUGCGCUCGCUGCAUUGCUGCUGCCACUCGUCUCACUGCAGCACAUGUUUAUAGCAGAUAACCAGGAGCGACUGUUAUCUGGCUGGCUCAGCUCCUGGCUGGUUGAGAAUGGUCAGAGGAAGGUCUGCUCGGCCUCCUCUGCAGGUCGCGCCCAGGGCAGGGGCAGGCCGUGCUGACUCAGCUGCUGAGCUUUUGUGUCGGAACUGCCGUAGUCUUUAACAACAAGUGAGGUGCCACACACUUUCUCACUCUGGACCAAAGGCUGCUUUACAACCAGCAACUGAAGCAAUCAAGUGCCUUUUCACUUUUUUGAGAAUGAUGUAGCCUUUUAAAGUUUUUGUUUUAAUGGUGAUCAGGAGGGAAAGUGUUGGCAAAAGGUUAUUUUAUUUUCAGCCCCAGUUAAACCUAAUCAUGACAACUGUCAUCGCUGUAUUAGAUCCUGGUUUCUGGGAAAAUGCUCAUGUUUUUGAUUGGGGAGCAAAAUGUCUUUUGGUUUGAAUUUGAAAUUUGAGUUUCUUUUGUUUCUUUCUUUUUAGUUUCAGUCCCACACAAUGCUGUGCCUUGAAACCCCUCCUGUGUAGUCAUUCCUGUCUGCCAUUUUGUUUCAGUCCCUCUUUUGUCGUUUCCUGCAGUCUCUGGAAGCCGUGUUGACUUCAGUCUUGCAUCGGCACAUUUGAGAUCCAGCUUUUGAUUCAUUGUGAUCAUCUAAACAGAUGUUCCAUAUUUACACCUUUUGAUUUAAAAGUCUGCCAAACAUUCAGCUCUGACUAAAUUUAGUUUUUUUUUUUGUUCUUUUGCUGACAGUUCUCUCCAGAUCCGAACCAAAGCAAUACCUGAAGUGCACUGACGAGCCGCUCUGUGGCACAGUAGCUAGAGGUUCCCCAGCAGAGAGCCGGUACUCACAGACGCACUUUAAAAAGGGGCCUUGUUUUACUUCAAACCCAGCCACCUGAGAGGAAUGUAAAUAAGUUAAUGUUGUCAAAUGCUGAGGGAGUUGAGCUGGUUCUCAGGGACAUAGUGUUUUUGAGGGCUUUGUUUUUGUCCCCGUUUUUGGGACGAUGAAUUGGUUUGAUCUCCCCCUGACAUAAAGACACCACCUCUUACUACUCUCUAUCUUCUGUUUUUUGUGUUUUCUCUGACUCUCCUCGUCUUAGCUGAAUUAAACGUUCUCAUUCGGGUCAAUCGUACCUGAUGUCGGCAGCAGACUUGAGCUCGCUCGGGCCUCACGGCAGCGUUGGGGUUUUAUCUGUGAGUCCAUAUGCUCUGAAACCUUAUCACCCCAAAAGCCCAACUCUUAAACUUAACACGAUCUUUGCCUUUAAAUUCAGGGGACAAAACUUCUGAUUGUCGGUCCAGAAACUCUCAAUCACUCCCCCCUGUAACCAUCGUCUUGAGGCCACAUUCAGAACCAGAUUUCCAGUUAUGCCGCGGCUCACAGCUGCAGGUUGAAGUCUGCCCUGUGUGAUGAGGACGAGUCUCUUCUCAGGCCUCCUUGUUCUCGUCGCUCACUUAUAAUCGUUGCGAUCGAGGUCAGAAGAAAACACAAGAGACACAAACUUAGAUUAACGAGACAUUCGAUGGUGAACCACUCUGGAAUGUUAAUCCUGUGUGUGUACACGUUAACUUCACAUGUUUACGGUUAUUACAGCUUUUUUUUUUUCUCUGACGAUUGAAGUUCCUGUUGAUGAAAAAAAUGAAAGCUUUAUAUAGGCAGCAGGGCUCAUAUGAAAUCACUUCCUUCGUCAGUGUUGGCGUAUGUAUUUAUGUCUAUGUACAAACUUUGUGUGAAGGUGGAAAAAAAGAGGAUGAAGUGUAUUUUUUUUCUUUUAAUUUUCCUGACCCCCACUAUUUUUCUGCUGUAAACUUGUCCGUGUUGUCGAUCCCGUUGCUUCUCACUCACCUCGCCUUUUGGUGGUCCAGUUGUUUGGGCUUUUGUUUAUCAGUGCAGUGUGUUGUUGUGGGUGUUUUUCUUCACGACACCUGUAGAUGUAUCCUUUGCUGGGAGAGGAGGGUGCGGAGGAAUCGGUGGAUUAGAUCUCUAGUCUUACGCCAUAGGAAUGUGAAGGAGGCCGUGUGGACGCUCUCCUACAGUUUCUAUGUGAAGAGUCGUGAAGUCUUUGUUUCUCUUUUUGCAGCAGAUUUGUGUUUACGUUCAUGCGUGGAUGUGUUUGCAUGGGUGUAUGAAGGGAUGCUUGUGGAUGUGCAAGUUUAAGUGGGGGGGAUAAGAAAUUAGUGGCACUAUAUAUAUUAUUUUUGAAAUAGUUAAUGCAAAAGAGCUUUUGUCAGCUUUGUGAUUGUGACAGUGACUUAGAUGGUUACAACCAUUAUACUAUUUCAUUUAUCAGCACUUUUACCUCACUUGAGUUUUUCCUUUGAAUGGAAAUGUACGUGUACAUCAGGAAAAUGUGUUUGAAGAGGAAAUAAUGAAUAAAGAAUAUUAAAUGCA